GUGCAGGUUUUGUUAGCAAACUAACUCGAACUGUACAACUCGCGCCGACUUUAUGUGAAGUUGUGCAUUCAUCUGCUAAUCGAACUCUGAACUAGUGAGCCGGCGAUUGAAGCACUUAGAUUGCACGAAGACGAACCUUCUUGUUUUAGUCGCUGCUAGUUUUUGCACGACAAGCCAGCGAUCCUGAGCGGGUGUAAGGGUAGAUGCAGGGAGGGAGGGAGUAAAAAAAGGCAAAAGUCUUUGUGCUUCCCUUCCCCCUCAUCAAAGCAAAGGGGAAAUGUCUCUGUCUAAAGGAGGGAAGAAGAAGAACCCAGGGCUGAAGCUGGCCAAAGAAGUGUUUGCACAGCCCCAACCAGCAGUAGCAGCGCCCCCUCGAGAUCUCGACUCUAAAGCUUGUGUCACAAUUGGAGAUCAGAACUUUGUGGUGAAGGCAGAUGACUUGGAGCAGAUUGCAGAGCUGGGGAGGGGAGCAUAUGGUGUGGUGGACAAGAUGAAACAUGUGCCCAGUGGUGUAAUCAUGGCUGUCAAGAGGAUUCGUGCCACAGUCAACACUCUGGAGCAAAAGAGGCUUCUGAUGGACCUGGAUAUCUCCAUGAGGACAGUGGACUGUUUCUUUACUGUGACCUUCUAUGGCGCCCUCUUCAGAGAGGGGGAUGUUUGGAUCUGUAUGGAGCUGAUGGACACCUCUCUGGAUAAGUUCUAUAAGAAGGUUAUUGAGAAAGGCAAGACCAUCCCAGAGGACAUCUUGGGCAAGAUCACAGUAGCAAUUGUCAAGGCAUUAGAGCAUCUUCACAGUAAUCUGUCAGUGAUACACAGAGAUGUGAAGCCCUCCAAUGUUCUGAUCAACACUCAGGGCCAAGUGAAAAUGUGUGACUUUGGCAUCAGUGGCCACCUGGUGGACUCUGUAGCCAAAACAAUGGAUGCAGGCUGCAAGCCCUACAUGGCGCCUGAGCGGAUCAAUCCUGACCUCAACCAGAAGGGCUACAGUGUGAAGUCAGACAUAUGGAGUCUUGGUAUCACGAUGAUUGAGCUGGCCAUUUUGAAAUUCCCCUACGAGUCCUGGGGCACCCCGUUCCAGCAGCUCAAACAGGUGGUGGAUGAGCCGUCUCCACAGCUGCCUGCUGACCGGUUCUCCCCAGAGUUUGUAGACUUCAUCUCCCAGUGUUUAAGAAAGAAGCCAAAUGAGAGACCAGCUUAUACAGAAUUAAUGCAACAUCCGUUUUUCACCUUGCACGACUCCAAAGAGACAGACGUGGCCAGUUUUGUCAAGGUCAUCCUGGAUGACUGACGGGCUCCCUCUGGGCUCCACCCCGUCAGGGUAGGCAGGACCUCUCAAAAGAACCAAUGGCCUACCUUUUUUUUUUUUCUUUUUUUUUUUUUUUAAACUCACUGGAAUGACAGACUCUCAUGCACCCACACACACAACAAGGGGUGACCUAAAGACUGACAGCAGCACUGGAGUGGGAGAGUGGCGGUAAUAUGAACUCACAAAACCAACUGGAGAGGUUUAAUUCACUCCUCCAAGCUUCCUGUGUGUGCAGUUAUCCAACAUGACAAAUAUGAACUGAACUUGAUUUGUUGUUGUUUUUUCUUGUUCAUACUUUUGUUUUGCCCCCACCUCUCCUGUUAUUUCUCUCUUCAGAACGGACAGAGCCAGCCAUUAUUUCUUUGUGACACAUAUUGUAUGAAUACUUUUGAAUUUCAUCUGCAAAACCAACCUUUAAUGUGUAUGUUGUUGUUCAUUGAAAGCUAUAUUUGCAUAUGCGUUUGUAUGUUUUCUCAUUAUACAGAGUUUUGAUACUGUAUAUCGUCGACAAGGUUGAAUUUUACCGGACUAGAGCCUUAUUUUUCAGAUUGCAUCGGCUCAACAGUUUGACCUGACUCUGCCCUGAGGCGAUUGGUUAGGGCAGGGGCUGCAGGUGUCACAGGUUGGGCUUCGGGAGACUCCAGGGCUGAGACAAAACAUGCGAGAAAUGUCAAAGGUCACAUUCUGGACGGGAGGAGUUGCAAAUCAUUCCUAGAUCUCUCGGCAUUGUGAGGGAGGAAUGUGAGGCGUCCCAUAUCGUCUGAACCUAUAGUGAUCCGAGUUGUAACUCUUCAUGCCGUGACCCUACCGUAUUAUUCUUUUUUUCUCGGGUAUGAAAGAGUCCUUUUCAGUGCUGCCAAUGAUACUACCUGGAAGUAUUCAGGUGUUGCUUAAUCAAGCUCACAGCUUCUCUUUCUGUGUGCCAUUUUUCGAAUCGUUCUCAUGAAUUACUGCAUUAAUUGUGUUUUUCUUGUUUUUGGACUUGUUCUGGCCGGCAUUUUUAUUUUAUUUCAGCAUUUACACUUCCUUUGCUUACCUUUCUAAAAUUUUGGAGUCUUUUCAUAUUAGGCACUUUUUUCCCCUUUUUUCCAGAGACCUUAUUAUGCCUUACACAGAUAGUAUGUUAGGGGAAAUAAUUUAUGUGUUGAAGAUGUAAAUAAUCUCCUUUUUUUAAUGUAACAUGGCACUGUCAUAACCUGGCAGUGUAGAUGAGUGGUAGAGUGGUUGGUAUUAGUUUUAAUGCAGUGUGACACACACAGACACACACACAGGGCCAGCUGACUAUCGUACACCUAUUUUGGAUUGAUGUGCUGUCAAGCUCCACCGCUCAGGUUUCUGUGCUCUCCUUCAUGUGGAGACAGCCCCCCUUUUUACUUUUUUUCUUUUCUCAAGGUCAAACUUUCCUUGAGUGCCAGAUCUAGAGCCUCUAUUCAGUCCUUGGUGGGCAGCCAUUAUCUCUUCUAUCUGACCAUACUAUGCAGAGCCCCUUCGCCUUGGACAACACAGCAAGAGGCCCUUGCCAUGUGGCAGUUUCCCCACUCCAAGUGUUCAGAGACUGUGAUAAUGAUGAUGAAAGUGGUGGUUGUGAUGGCGACGGUGUCGAAAGUGAUGAUGAAUGACAUGCCUCCUGUGUUCAUGGCUAGCACUUAUCGUCGCCUCUCCAGUUUACACUGUAGUGUGACCUUUAUCAAAAGUCUGCGAGUUAGGAGUAUUUAUGAUUGUGAAUAAUAAGGGAAAGCUAGCAACACCACAAAGAAGCUGCUGUUUUUUUUUUUCUUGUUCGUUUGUUUCUUUUUCUUUCUUUUUUUUUUUUUUUUAGUCGGCCUUCUUUGAAUGGCCAUUCCCUUGGUGUGUAAAAGUGAGUUUUUACGCUGAUCACAAUGAGAAUGGAACACUUGCUCUACCUCUUACUCCUUCACUCUAUUUGCCACCGUUUCAUUGGGUGGCAAUGACAAACUUGAACUAUGGAAAGACAAAAAAAUAAAGGCUUUAUUGUUCAGUAUAACCGUUUAUAGCUUUCAUUUCACGAUUGCUGCAGGUUUAGCAAUGGUGCACUACUGAAAAGACCAAAACCAACAAUUGACCCUCAUAAUAAAUAUUGGCUGAAAGCUGAUCUAGCUUA